CUGACGUACUUCCGGGUUGCCUCUUGAGCUCUAGAGUAACACGUGUGUUACUGAAGGCGAAGAAAUUCUCAAUCAAUUUUUUUUUAAAUCUUCACAUAACAAACAGUGCUUGUGAAUUGCGGAGCACAAUGACCAAACCAAAAUUCAAGGGGAAAAGUUCUAUAAAUCCGUCAAAUUCCAGCAGUAAUCCAGAUCGUGUAAAGGGGUCUGGAGGGAACACCAUGAGGGACCGUGCCACUAUCAAGCGUCUGAAUAUGUACAGACAGAAGCAGAGAUGCAACAAACGGGGUAAAGUCAUCAAGCCUUUGCAAUACCAGUCCACUGUGGCAUCUGGGACUGUAGCUAGAGUUGAGCCCAACAUCAAGUGGUUUACCAAUACUCGGGUCAUCAAACAGUCAUCGCUGCAGAAGUUUCAGGAGGAGAUGGAUGCAGUGAAGAAAGAUCCAUACAGAGUGGUGAUGCGCCAAAGCAAGCUUCCCAUGUCCCUUCUGCAUGACCGAGUCAAAGCACAUAACUCCAAGGUACACAUUCUGGAUACGGAGACUUUUGAGACCACAUUUGGGCCAAAAGCCCAAAGAAAGAAGCCUAACCUGCAAGUGGGAGAACUGAGAGAGCUGGCGGAGCAGGCUGAGGUUUUGGCUCAGAGUUAUGUUGCAGAGAAGGACCGUGACUUAGUGACUGAUGACAGUGGAGUCAGGGACGAGACUCGUGAGGAAAUCUUCAAGAAAGGGCAGUCAAAGAGAAUCUGGGGCGAGCUUUAUAAGGUGAUCGACUCUUCAGAUGUCGUCAUCCAGGUGCUGGAUGCCCGGGACCCCAUGGGCACGCGAUCUCAGAACAUUGAGACCUACCUGAAGAAAGAGAAGCCCUGGAAACAUCUCAUUUUUGUACUAAACAAGUGUGACCUUGUUCCCACCUGGGUGACAAAACGCUGGGUUGCAGUGCUGUCUCAGGAAUACCCCACGUUGGCCUUUCAUGCCAGCCUUACCAACUCCUUUGGGAAAGGCUCUCUUAUUCAGCUCCUCCGUCAGUUCGGAAAGCUCCACGCAGACAAGAAGCAGAUCAGUGUGGGUUUCAUUGGCUAUCCAAAUGUGGGGAAGAGCUCUGUCAUCAACACACUUCGUUCCAAGAAGGUCUGCAAUGUGGCACCAAUUGCUGGUGAAACUAAGGUAUGGCAGUACAUCACAUUAAUGAGGCGCAUUUUCUUGAUUGACUGCCCUGGAGUUGUGUACCCCUCUGAGGACAGUGAGAGUGACAUUGUACUGAAGGGAGUGGUCCAAGUGGAAAAGAUCCGUAACCCAGAGGAUCACAUCAACGCUGUUCUGGAGCGAGCAAAAGCCGAAUACAUACAGAAAACCUAUCACAUCUCAUCCUGGAGCUCUGCUGAGGAUUUCUUGGAAAAAUUGGCCUUUCGCACGGGAAAACUGCUCAAGGGAGGAGAACCUGAUAUGUCCACUGUCUCCAAAAUGGUACUAAAUGACUGGCAAAGGGGACGCAUCCCUUUUUUCGUCAAGCCGCCUGGACCAGAGACCGAUGAGGAGGCUAAAGCGCAGCUGCCAGUGGAGGCGAGUGCAGCGGAUGCCGUUUAUGAAGACCAGCCAACGCAGCAGCACGCUGAGAUAACUGAAUCCACUGAGCUUGAUGCACUACUACAACAGAGACCGAAACAAGAGCAUAAACAAAGGAUCAUUGCUGGUGUCAAGCAAAACUUUGGCAAAAUUAAUGUAGCUCCAGAGUUCAGCGAGGAAGAUCUUGUACCGGUGGAGAUGCUUGAUCUGCCAGACUCCUGUGGAUCAGAGGAGGAUGAAGAAGAGGCAUGUGAGGAGGAGGGGGAGGAUAUGGAGGAAAAUGGAAAUGCAGAGGAAGAAAAAGAAAUGUGUGUUGCUGGACAUUCUGACAGAGCAGGGGUCAAGAGUACACGUGAGGUGAACAAAGAGUUGGAUGAGAAGAUAACCAAAUUGAAGCGUUUCCUAGACGGUGCCAAGUCCAAACGUUUCUCCACUAUUCGAAUUCCUAAAGGCCUUUCAGAGAGAGUUUUUGUUUCAGGUGAAACAAAAACAGAACAGAAGAACAUACAGAAGCCACAGCCAAAAGUCGCAGUGCAUGUCCGCAGGAAGAGAAAGGCUCUUGACAGUGAGGAGCCAGUGAAGCCCAAUAAGCUCACAUCUAAAGAGAAAAGAAGGAUCGACCGUGCACAGAAGAUGAAGAAGGUUGGCGUCCGCUAUUAUGACCUGCACAAUGUUAAGAACAAAAAUAAGAACAGAAAAGUGCCCACUGAAGGCCACAAAGGCAAAAGAGCUAAGCGAUGAAACAAUUUGCUUGGUCACAGCACUAGUUCAAUGGACUUGUCUGGUUUGGGACAGGGGAUGUGAGACAUGAUGUGUAUAUGAGGAGCAUUUACAGUGAGGAUCUGGAGGUGAAUCACAACUUCUCAAAUGCACUUUUCACUGCACCAUCCAUCCACAGAACAAUGAUGUGGUCCACUACACCAUUUUCUCUCUCAACCCCAGAACUGACCAUAUUUUAAUUUAAUAAUGUCCUUGCGCCACAGUUCUGAAAAUCUUCAUCACAGGAGAACUCCUUAAUAAAAUGGACAUGACAAAA